AUGCAGACACCACCCACGACGUCGACAGCACCGACCUCGCGAGCUGCAGCGCCAACUGUGCAGCCUGCGCAACCUCCAGCGCUGCCUCUCCCAGCCUGCGCAACCUCCAGCGCUGCCUCUCCCAGCCUGCGCAACCUCCAGCGCUGCCUCUCCCAGCCUGCGCAACCUCCAGCGCUGCCUCUCCCAGCCUCGCAGCCGGCCACCUCGGCACCAAGCCCGCCAGCCACGGCGCCAAGCCCGCCAGCCACGGCACCAAGUCCGCCAGCCACGACGUCGCCCUCCCAGGCGCUAACUCAACCGGCUACGACGUCCCCCUCCACGCCGCUGACCCAGCCGGUCACGGCACCCCUUGUUGCUCGGCGUCGCGGAGCAGACAAAGCGCCUGAUUCUGCCGACGAAUCUGUAUGUGGCGUCGAUCCCACUGAUAUCAGCGACAGUGAGGUGAACGAGGACAGCAGCGACGAAGACUUUACGCCUGAUUCGGAGGCGACGACGAGUAACCGCUCAUGGCAGAGAGCGAGCAGUGAGGCCGAAGAGGAAGAGGAUAUAAGUAUCUUUUUGAAUGACGCGAGUCCUCGUGCCCGUGUGACUGAGGGCAAGGCCCGUGAGUUGGAGUUCUUGCUGUGCUCGCUGGACCAGAUGACGAAGCAAGAGCGCACCACGAGCUUGUACACGCUUCUGGCUGUGUUGAUGCAGACCCCCACGGUUGAGCGUAAGAGAAGACGGGGUGACCGUGAGAAGUUCCCGUACAUCCUACCCUACGUAGGUCAUGUGUGCCGACCCACUUUCGCGUUCUGCUAUGGAGUAGUCCCCAUUUCCUUGCAGCGUUACAAGAUGCGCAUCCGUGACGGUAACAUGUCGAUCAAGACGCAUGGUAACAGGCGCAACACCCAUGCAGCUCAAGUGAACGUCGAUUGGCUGGUGAAAUGGUUCCAGUCGUUUGCUGAGGAGGUCGGCGAGGUUAUGGCAGUUCGAUGCCCCGCGAAGAAGUGGGCACGCCGGGCGCCGGAGGAAGAAGGCGCCGAGAUGGAUGUCGGCGGACGCCGCUACUCCACAUUACUACCGGCACACUUCACCCGGGAUACCAUCUACGACGAAGUGCACAAGUUUGUUGAGGCGGGCUUGCGCGUCCGUGAACCCGCUCGGUCGACAAUGAGGAAGCUUUUGACGCUUCACUGUCCAACCAUUCGAAUUCGGUCGCCGCGUAGUAACGUGCGCGACGUCUGCUCCAUUUACCACGCUGGUAUGCGCGGCGGCGUAACCAGUGCCAAGACGGAGGCUCUGGGGCGACACACAGAAUCUGCGCGUCGAAUGCGGCGGGAGUACAAGACGGACAAGACUUCUACCGAUGCCAACCCCGCUGUCAUCGCGCAGGACGAAGAAGCAUGGAUCGCGGGCAUGAAGAAGUACCUGAUGGGUGAAGUGACCGAAGACGAGGCUCGAUCAUAUGGUAAUAUCGCAGCGGACUAUGAGAUCGACUGUGAUAAUCUGUUGUUCUACUGCCCACUUUCGAAGAAGUCGGAAUCGGACGCACCUAUCAGCGGAUCCGUGAUCGCGUCCACUGGAGAGGCCUCUUCAAGACUGCGCAGAAAUACGUCGGUGAAUGUGUUGAUUGCGAGACGGGGUAAUACCAAACUGUUGAUCUGGGUCGAUCUGUUCACGGGAUACAUGAUCGCGAAGGCCAGUGAUCAUGAUCGCAAACCUGGAUUUAUGGCCGACUUCUUCCGCGCCUUUAACAAGAUCUUGGGAAUGCGACAGCGAAUGUUCGUGGAAGAUCUCAAUCAGAGAGAUUGGGACGAAUAUGCAGAACGAUUGACUUUCACGAUCAACACGGCUCAAGAUCGGAUCCGUGGAGAUUCGCCUUUCUAUCUGGUGCAUGAGUGGGAUCCAGGAUCAACGCUCGAAGCAACGAUACCCUUGGGCAAUACGCGGACACAAGAUCGGGAUCCUCGACGGUGGAGGUAUCGAAUCCAGAAGCAUUACGAUCAGACCCGAAGUCAGGUGAACGCUCGUCUACGUGAGGCGAUUACGGAUCGGGCCGAUCGACACUACGGAAGGGUUCGAUCGCAUCCGAUCGCGACUGAAUCUCAGGUGUGGUUGUACCUGGAUCGUGUGAAGGAGGGGUACACCCGGAAGCUAGCUCAUCUGUGGCACGGCCCGUUCCGCGUCGCCGAGAAGAUCAACGAGUACAUUAUGAAGCUACAGAUCGCUGGCACGGACUAUAAUCUGUUCCCGAUCGUACAUGUGUCAAAGCUGGAGUUGGUCAAGGACUUCCCCGAUCGACUGCUGAUCGCACUCACGGUGAACGAAGCAGAUCGACUUGAUUUCGACGAAGGCUUACUUCCGGAGGUCAGCUGGGUCCCAGAUCGAGACGCGAACGAGUACGAACCUGACUGGGUCGACGAAGGUGAUCUCAACUGUGAGGCCCUAUUGCACGAGUUCAUUCGAGAUCGCGUGAACCGGAACCGAUUCAGUGCUAUUCAGUCUCAUGGAAGAGUAAGAUCGGACCGCCAGGGUGAGCUGGUCGUCUUGAACUUGUUGCGGAGCCGCGGUAUCGGCCAGGCUGAGUGGUCCUGGGGGCGAUCGCGAUACUGGUUCCGCCAGGGAUCUACGGGAUACGACACCUGGAUACCAGUGUACGGAAUCACGCAGUGUGUCACGGAGGAGUCGGCGCCAUCGGUCACGGAGACGGGUCCGUCGCGUUCGACGCUCUUCAUGAUACUGGUUGACAGCAGGGUCGGCAUCACGCUGCACAGCGAUCGCCCCGUUUUGUCGAUGAAGUGCCAGAUCGAAGAGGACGCGGCCCCGUCGAUCCAGGUGGAGAACCGGGCGGGGAUCUCGGCAGGGACGAUCUCGGCGAACCCCCGGCCGAUCGAGAUGUACCGCGAGAAUGUCGAGAGCUUGAUCGAGAGUGAAUCGACUGGACAGAUGGCGAUCGAGAUCGAGUAG